AUGGCUGGGGAUUUGUUUGUGAAAAGGGAGACGUCGAAGCUGAAGAUGGAAGGAAGGAAAAGAACAUGUGUAGUUCAUAUCCCAUCAUAUCCCAUCAUAUCUCAUCAUAUCCCAUCAUAUCCCACCAUAUCCCAUCAUAUCCCAUCAUAUCCCAUCAUAUCCCACCAUAUCCAAUCAUAUCCCAUCAUAUCCCACCAUAUCCCACCAUAUUCCAUCAUAUCCCAUCAUACUCAUCAUAUCCCAUCAUAUCCCACCAUAUCCCAUCAUAUCAUAUCAUAUCCCACCAUAUCCAAUCAUAUCCCAUCAUAUCCCAUCAUACCCCACCAUAUCCCAUCAUAUUCCAUCAUAUUCCAUCAUAUCCCAUCAUACCCCACCAUAUCCCAUCAUAUUCCAUCAUAUUCCAUCAUAUCCCAUCAUACCCCAUCAUACCUCACCAUAUCCCAUCAUAUUCCAUCAUAUUCCAUCAUAUCCCAUCAUACCCCACCAUAUCCCAUCAUAUUCCAUCAUAUCCCAUCAUAUCCCAUCAUAUCUCAUCAUAUCCCAUCAUAUUCCAUCAUAUUCCAUCAUAUCCCAUCAUACCCCACCAUAUCCCAUCAUAUUCCACCAUAUUCCAUCAUAUUCCAUCAUAUCCCAUCAUACCCCACCAUAUCCCAUCAUAUUCCAUCAUAUCCCAUCAUACCCCACCAUAUCCCAUCAUAUUCCAUCAUAUUCCAUCAUAUCCCAUCAUACCCCACCAUAUCCCAUCAUAUCCCACCAUAUCCAAUCAUAUCCCAUCAUAUCCCAUCAUACCCCACCAUAUCCCAUCAUAUUCCAUCAUAUUCCAUCAUACCCCACCAUAUCCCAUCAUAUUCCAUCAUAUUCCAUCAUAUCCUAUCAUAUCCCAUCAUACCCCACCAUAUCCCAUCAUACCCCACCAUAUUCUAUCAUAUCCCAUCAUAUUCCAUCAUAUCCCAUCAUAGCCCAUCAUACCCCACCAUAUCCCAUCAUACCCCACCAUAUUCUAUCAUAUCCCAUCAUAUUCCAUCAUAUCCCAUCAUAGCCCAUCAUACCCCACCAUAUCCCAUCAUAUCCCACCAUACCCCAUCAUAUCCCAUCAUAUCCCAUCAUACCCCACCAUAUCCCAUCAUAUCCCAUCAUAUCCCAUCAUAUCCCACCAUAUUCCAUCAUACCCCACCAUACCCCACCAUAUCCCAUCAUAUCCCAUCAUAUCCCAUCAUACCCCACCAUAUCCCAUCAUAUCCCAUCAUAUCCCAUCAUAUCCCACCAUACUCCAUCAUACCCCACCAUAUCCCAUCAUAUCCCACCAUAUUCCAUCAUACCCCACCAUAUCCCAUCAUAUCCCACCAUAUGCCAUCAUAUCCCACCAUACCCCAUCAUAUCCCAUCAUAUCCCACCAUAUUCCAUCAUACCCCACCAUACCCCAUCAUAUCCCAUCAUAUCCCACCAUACCCCAUCAUAUCCCAUCAUAUCCCAUCAUACCCCAUCAUAUCCCAUCAUAUCCCAUCAUACCCCACCAUAUCCCAUCAUAUCCCAUCAUAUCCCAUCAUACCCCACCAUAUCCCAUCAUAUACCAUCAUAUCCCAUCAUACCCCACCAUAUCCCAUCAUAUCCCAUCAUACCCCACCAUAUCCCAUCAUAUCCCACCAUAUCCCAUCAUAUCCCACCAUACCCAACCAUAUCCCAUCAUACCCCAAUAGACUAAGACAACGAUUCUAUCCAAUGGAUUAUUUCCCACCAAAAACACCUUGGGAGUGA